ACCCUCAAACGGUCUCAACUUGAGCCCUCGCCUUGUUCUCACUUUCCCCGUUGGCGUCGUUCGCACGCGCCUACACGCAGUCGCCAAAAGAACGCGCUCUCCCAAAGCGAAAAACCAAAAAAGGAAAGCGCUCUCGUCCCCGGAGAGACGUGGCCAUCCAUCUCCCCAGCCGCGCGCCACCACCCCCGAUGCUGAGUGCCCCGGAGCACCAGGUGGCCGGCCACCGGGCCGCGGAGGGCCAGCUGGGGCCCCUCGUCGACGGCGCUGGACUAUUCUACAAGCCCCUCCAGGGCGACGACCGCGGGGCCCACGAGGCUGCCUUCUACUCCUCCUUCUCCUCCGACCCCCGCGUCCCUCCCCACGUCCGCGCCUUCUUCCCGGGCUUCCACGGCACCCAGCUCCUCCCCGCCUCCGACGGCUCUGGCCCCCAUCCACACCUCGUCCUCGACGACCUCGCCGUGGGCCUCCGCCGUCCCUCCCUCAUCGACCUCAAGAUCGGCGCCCGCACCUGGUACCCCUCCGCCUCCGACGAAUACUUCCGCAAGUGCCUCAAGAAGGACCGCGACAGCACCAGCCUUGCCCUCGGCUUCCGCGUCUCCGGCGUCCGGAUCCACCAGGGCGGCGACGCAGGCUUCUGGCAGCCCGAUCGCGAUGCCAUCCGGCGGUUCACCGCCAAGGACGUCCGGCGAACGCUCCGGCAGUUCGUGUCCUCGAAUCCGUCCUCGGAUGCGGACCCGCCGGACUGCGCCUUCGCUUCCACGGUGUACGGGGGGUCGAACGGGGUUCUGGCGCAGCUGCUGGAGCUCAAGGCGUGGUUCGAGGAUCAGACCCUGUUCCACUUCUACUCGGCGUCGGUGCUGGUGAUGUACGAGAUGGAGGAGGUGGAGGCCGGGAGGGCCGGCGGCGAGGUUAGGGUUAAGCUCGUGGAUUUCGCUCAUGUGAUGGAGGGGAAUGGCAUCAUCGACCACAAUUUCUUGGGGGGGCUCUGCUCGCUGAUCAAGUUCAUCUCGGAGAUCCUCACCGACCCGGAUGAGUGCUUGGUCGAACCCAAGAAGGCGCAUCUGAGCUUCGAGAAUGAAUGCUGAGGGAACGGUAUUGGAAACUUGUGCUUGUGUUUUAAGAUGUCGCCUUUACUUUAAUUUCCACGAGCAAGAUGGAAACUUUGUUUCUCCCCUGUUAUAUAUUGAGUUAGAUGUUAAGAGUUUUGUUUUUUUUUUAAAUGAUAUAUCUAUAGUAAAAUAAUUUGAGAAAUGUGAAGUCUAGCAAAAACUCAAACCAGAACACUUAUCCCAUGACUUUUGGCAACCUGAUUUAUGAGCUAGAAAAACACUUGUCAUCAGAUUGUCAUGUACCAGUUUCUGGUCUUCAUUAUAUGAUAUUGCAUUCUUCUAGCCCAGAUGAUGCUAAUUUCUCAUGAGUUCCAGCCAGAAAAAGCUGUUUUGAGGCAUUAUUUAAAUUUCUACCUGAUCAUAGUGAACCUGGAGAUCUGGCAUCGAUGGACUAUAAGUCUUGUACGGUUUGGAUUUGGAAAUCAACUGACAAAUUCAUAAAAAAAUUUGUUCCUAUGGUAAGAACUUAGGACCUUCAACUUUCAGAAAAGCCUUGUCAUGUUCCAUAUUAUGGAACCAUUGGCGAGUACAACCGAGAAAAUAUCAAUUCUUUAUGUCAAAGAAGCAUGAACUUUUGAAAAUAUGAACUACGGUUGAAUAUCUGCUACCAUUUAUGAAAUAUUGUUUAGUCUUUACACGCUUGAGGAUGCUUUGUUAUACUAUGUGGUUUAACAAUGGCAGUUUGUGCAUUAGAUAAAUUAGAAACAUUCGUGAGGGAUCAAAAUUAGAUACACUACAUUAUUAUAUGAGCAUAACCCUGUAAUGGGUGUCCAAACUUGGUGCCAGUAAAUCUGGCUUGUUCAUCCAAUUCACUAAGUCUUAAACAACUGAUAUUUAAUAGUAUAAAAGCCUUGAUUUUAGUGUUCUUUCCUCUCUUGAGUUGACGCUAUAAUAGAUGUAAGGGACUUGAUAUUGAAUUUCCGAGCUUUCUCCAGAAAUGACAUCAAAAGAAGAAAAAUACAUAAUUAUUAUUCCAAGAACUUUUCGAUUUUUCUUAUUGUGGUUUCUAUAGCAAACUAGUUGGUAAUGCAAAAAGAUGGAGAGAAAGGCAAAAGAACAAAAAGCAUACAUACUGGCUUCUAAAUUUUUAGGAGUUUUUAUUAUUCGCCUUUUUAUUCUUCCCUUAAGUUGGAGAGAAUGAUAACCGUAUGACCAGCUCCAACUCAUCACACUCUCAGCAAUCUCUAGACUCAGUGAAAAAUUCAAAACUACUUGCUAGUACAUAGUCUCUAUUUGUUACAAUGAAUAUAAUCUCCAAUUGCAUGUUGAUCUUAUCACAAAUGUAAUCUCCAACUAUACAAUUUUAUUAUAAAUA